AUGCUCACCAGCCCGAAGCGAUGCAUUAUUGAUAUUUUCGCUCCUAUCUCUUUAAAUGGGAUUGGUCUGUUUUGUGUGCGUGUGCAUGUGAGAGAGAAAGAGACAACUAGUGGGAGGCAAGCUUUGUGUGGCGAAACAGAAUGAACGGGCAUUAGAUGCUGUUAUUUUGAGCGAGGUCAUUUAUUCGCUCGCUUAUUGUCGCUUUCUAGGCACAUAUGAAGUGAUAACGUCCGGCUGUGGCAUCGGGGGAGGUUUACACCUCUUGUGGCAACAUCAUCACCUCCGCAAGGAAAUAACGGGCAGGGCUGCUGGUAUAUUUAUUUAUUUUUACCUCAUGCGUCCUGCAACGUUGUGGGAAACGCGAUCGAGCCACGCAGAGAUGUUUCACUGAUCAUGGAUUAAUGGUGAGCUGCAUACGAAAGAAAGGCUUCCAAUGCUGAAUAUGUCCACUCCCAGCGACCUCAAGUCUCCCUGUGUGACACGGAACGGAAUGGUCAAGCUACCCCCUCAGCCCAACGGCCUCGGUUCGGCCAGCAUCACCAAAGGCACUCCGGCUGCCAAGAACCGCCUGUGCCAGUCCUCCUCUGUGCCCACCAUCUUGCCUCCCCCCAGCCUCCCCUAUCACCUGGAACCCCUGCCCACAGCGGCCUCGCUGCUGGGUCCCGAUCUGGACACAAGCCCUGUGACUGCCAUCAAACCUCCCCUAAGGCAAUUUUCCAAACCUCUGCUGGAGAGGCAAAUGGUGUUGGAUGAGAAGGUGCUGAACCGGCUCUUAUGGUACUUUACCACGACUGAAAAGUGCAUUUUAGCACAGGUGUGCAAGACGUGGAGGAAGGUGCUCUACCAGCCCAAGUUCUGGGAAGGUGUGACGCCCAUCCUGCAUGCCAAGGAACUCUACACAAUCCUGCCCAAUGGAGAGAAGGAGUUUGUUAGCCUCCAGGCUUUUGCUCUUAGAGGCUUCCAGGCGUUCUGUCUGGUUGGUGUCUCUGAUUUGGACAUUUGCGAAUUCAUCGACAACUAUCCUCUGUCGAAGAAGGGAGUCAAGUCUGUCAGUCUUAAGAGGUCGACUAUAACAGAUGCAGGACUUGAGGUGAUGCUGGAGCAAAUGCAAGGCCUGAUGCACCUCGAACUAUCCGGCUGCAAUGACUUCACAGAAGCGGGCCUGUGGUCCAGCCUAAACGCCCGACUGACCUCUCUCAGCGUAAGCGACUGCAUCAACGUGGCCGACGACGCCAUCGCUGCCAUUUCCCAGCUACUUCCCAACCUGUCGGAGCUCAGCCUGCAGGCCUACCACGUCACCGACACGGCCAUGGCCUACUUCACCGCCAAGCAGGGCUACACCACCCACACGUUGCGCCUGAACUCCUGCUGGGAGAUCACCAACCACGGCGUGGUCAACAUGGUGCACAGCCUGCCCAACCUCACCUCCCUCAGCCUGUCGGGCUGCUCGAAGAUCACAGAUGACGGUGUGGAACUGGUUGCUGAGAACCUGAGGAAGCUCAGGAGCCUGGAUCUGUCCUGGUGCCCGCGCAUCACCGACAUGGCCAUGGAGUAUAUCGCAUGUGACCUGCACAAGCUGGAGGAGCUGGUUCUGGAUCGGUGUGUAAGGAUCACAGACACAGGCCUGGGUUACUUAUCCACCAUGUCCACUUUGAGAAGUCUUUAUCUGCGCUGGUGCUGUCAGGUGCAGGACUUUGGGUUACAGCAUCUAUAUGGCAUGAGGAGUCUUCGCCUUCUUUCUCUAGCAGGCUGCCCUCUGCUGACCACUACUGGCCUAUCAGGCCUGAUUCAACUCCAGGAGUUGGAGGAGCUGGAACUGACCAACUGCCCUGGCGCCACAGCCGAACUCUUCAAAUACUACUCCCAGCAUCUGCCGCGCUGCAUGGUCAUCGAGUAGAGCGGGCGCCGGCACCCUCCACAUCACCAAAACUUCCUCCUUACAGACUGAUGAUAAACCCAACUUCAUCCUGAACCCACGGGAGAACCGAGAAAUUGAAAGGGAAUUUUUCCGGAGGGGUGAAAAGAGAUCACUGACUUGGAAGGGCAAGAGAGGUUGAAACGGGCCUCGACUGAUGAGCGAGAACGAAAAUGUACAAAUCGUCAGAGGCUUGAUCUUUCAUUUAACAACAUGAGCCCCCCCACACAUACAUGAAACAUGUUCCUCCAGUGAACUCAGAGACUGGCUUUCCUGUCUCAUCUUUUAUCUCGAAGUGAAGAAGGUCUGUGAUGCCUCAUAUCUGAGAAGAGGUAGAGAGAGAGAGAGGGCAACCAAAAACUAAAAGGGAAGGUAUGAGUUAGAGGAGCCACCGCAGGGUCUUUACGCUUUGUCUCGCGGUUUCUCGCUUCCACGCGUGGUGCUGCCUCUUCAUCUCUGUGUCUUAUUAAAGGAAAAUUUUAAGAACUUUAGAGAUGAACAGCUAUGUAGAUUUCACAUCAAUACUACUCGCUUAUGUCAUGCCGUUGUCUUUUUCUUUAAAUCUUAUUUUUUUAAGUAUUAUUUUUGAUGAUGACUGUGAAACGGUACGCGACGGACACUUUCAAUAAGAUGGGAAUCCAGGUACGGACUCGAGAGGUACGAUUUCGAGAGGAACCAGCAUAGUCCGAAGGUUAUUUUUAGUCCCAGCAGAAUGCUCUUUUCCAGGUAUUUUGAGUCCAGCUGGAAAGAACGCAGCUUCGACAUUUUUCCUGUGGGACUGUGGUUUGUACGUUAGAUAGCUUUUUAAUUCAUCCGUUUUGUUUUAAUUCCAUUUUGAUGUCAGUAUAUAUUAGUGGUUUACGUGCGGGUUUCAAUAUUAAUCCGGAUUCAAAUGAAGAUGAGAUCUCCGAGUGAUCCCAUAAUGCAUUGGGCUCGCAUGACGGCUCUUCACAGACUGAAACUGCACAUGGAUGCUUGCUUGUCACCGGGCCGAAUCAUUACAAAAGCGACAGCAUGGCAGUUCUAUUACAGUACGGGCACACCGUCACUUUUAGCCCAAAGUAAAUGAGUGCGUUUGCUUUUAAAUACACGAGAUGAAUACAGUUUACAGCCAUUCGUGGUGAAUACAGACGCAGGCCGGUGCAAACAUCCCACAAAAGCUUAUGACAAUAGACUCAUCUAGUUGUUUUGUUUGUAGAAUGCUUUCCCAUAAAGCAAUAUCCAAACGUCAUUUUUUUUUACGCAGGGAAAUGUACAGAAACUAGCCGUUUAUUCCAACCGUGACCUCUACGCACUCACCCCAUCUCAAACCCUGCGUUUGUCCUCUCAGGAGUUUAUCAUGCUGCUCACUUCAUCUGGGUCUGUUGCGCUGUCGAGCUUUAGGUAAAUACUGUCCACCAAGUCUCAGAUUAUGGCCAACUUGAAUGACGACAUCCUUAACAUUUUUAAUACUAAGCAAAUUAUUGUGGGCAUUAAUGGAAAGGUAUGGUCGUAUAUGUGCUAUUUUUGUUUUUCGGGAAAUUGUACAGAAGUGAAUUCUUCAGAUCAAUGACUAAUGGGGUCAAACAUACAGCUAAUCUCUCUCCAAAAGGCGCGGCCACUUAAUAAAAGUCACUUUCCCUCUGGCACAGAUGAGAUCAGAAGAAUUCCAACAUCUCCGUUUUCAAAGUGGACACUAUCCCACCCCACCCUAAGUCCUGUAGGCUUUAAAGAUAAGAGACUAUAUCUGCUACACUUACACAGCUGAUCUUUCUUCGUGUAUAUAGUGGCCUCUUUAAUGAACGGUUGGCAGCGUAAACGGCCCCUUAUCCGGAAAAGACCCCGGGUGGUGAUCUCGCCACCUUGUGUGAAUUUAUCUUUUGAAUCAUUGUGUAUUUACGUUUACUUUUCAUUGGUAGCGGGUUAAUUUAUUGACAUAAUUGCACAUAUUUAUUUAUUUAUUUAUUCAACUUAUAAUAAUUGUUUGUUUAGAGGUAGGGGAGAUGUUUUUUGAAGGAAGCAGAGGGCGCAGUUGAUUUGUGAAUGAAAGCCAGGUUUGUUUUGUUGAUGAAUCGUGUCCAAGCAGCUUAUUUUUGGUGAUGGGCGAGUUGACCCAUCUCAAACCCUGCUGGCUCUCUUCCCCUCGUGAUUUGUUUCUAAAUAUUUUUAUUUUUGUUGUAAAAUGGCCGUCUGUUGAGAGACAAUGUCAUCAAGUGAUUUGGGAUUGGAUGUUGAAUAUUCUACACCAGUUCACAUGCCUGAGCUCACUCAACCCUGCGUUCGGUUGCUCCAACGUUAUUACUUGCGGAAAACAUGCAGUAUUUACAGUCAACGGGUUGUCUUGCAAAGAAAAGAACAGCUUUUAAGAUCCCCAUCAAAGAGCUUUUCAUCCUUUAUGUAUCCAUUGAUAACAAACCAGAACCAUUUGAGAUGAAAUACAGAGUGAAUAAUUAUUAAUAUAUCACAUAGUGUUUGAGGACAUAUAUGAGGAUAUUGUAUUAAUCUUGUAUAAAAAUCAUUUUUCAUUUCAAA